AUGCACAGCCCAGGAUUAUUUUUGUCCAGGGUGGGUUUCUUCUCCAAACCAGGACUGCUUCCCUGGUUUACUGCAAGACCACUAGAUUUGUCACAGUACAUUUUGGGUAGAGCCAAAAGUUUCACCAGUGUGACAGCUAGGAUGUACCCAAGUGGACAAAAGUAUCAGAAGACGCAAAGGCAUUUGAGACCACUAGGUGACACCUGGCAGGAAAGGCUGGUUGACAUUGUGACUCCACUCUGGAGGCUGAGCUGUGAAGAACAACUCAAGGCGACAUUUGAAGCUCAGAAGAAAAUUUUACAAAGACUAGAGUCUUACCUACAAGUGCUCCAUGGAGUCAGUGGCACAGUGGCUGUACUGCAGUCUGAGGAGCUCCACUGUGUCCUCCAUCCUAUUAGCCCCUCUGGUACCAUCAAUGGCUACUGGAAAAAGUCCACCUUUUCUGUGAACUGGAGUCCAGAUGGCAAUCCAAAGACUGUGGACUACUACCUAGGAACUUGGAGAGAUGGGAAUGUUGUCUGUGUACCGUGUAACCAUUUGAAAAACAUCCCAGAGAAACAUAGUCAAGUGGCUCAGUACUGUAAAGUAUUCCUUCGACAGUCUUCAGUAGAACCCUGUCUUCUGUUUUAUGAAGGUGGAUAACGGCAUGAGCUCACAGUUCAAACCAACAGCCAAGGACACACAAUGGCUAUUGUCACUUUUCAUUCCCAGGGAUUAAGUCAGGAGGAGCUUUGUGUUCAGAAGGUGACCUUGAAAGACUUUUUCACUAAAGACCCUGGAAUGGUCUAUGAGUUGAUCCCACUCUAUUUCCAGGAAAGCACCAUGACCAGUUGUAGCUAUCAGCAGUCCCACUACCAGCUCUUGUUGAGGGAACCCGACAUCUUUGAAGAUCUCCUGGGCUUGAUGAUCCACAUCUCUCCAGAUGCUUUCACCCAGAUUAAUACCACUGGUGCAGAGAUGCUGUAUCAGACCAUCGGGGAGUUGAGUGAAAUGAUCAGUAUUCUGCUGGACAUUUGCUAUGGAACAGGCAAUGUGAUGGUUCUCUGUCCAGCUCAGCAUGUCUCCCUGGUCCUUGGCACUGAGCUGGUGGAGCCGGCAGGAGAAGAUGCCCGGUGGACUGCAGCCUCCAAUGGUAUUUCCAGGUGUCACUAUGAGUUUCAUGCUGGUGGAGUGGAGAAGAUUUUACCAGAGCUGUUAAAGUCGCAGAAAGAUGAGAAGUUAACUGUUGGUGUGGUGAACCCUGCCCAUGAUGGACUAUAUUACCAAGUGGUGCAAGCCAUUCAGAACAGCAGGGCCAUCCACACUCUAGUUUUUGUUUCCUGGAAGCCCCAUGGGGAAAGCACAAGGGACUUCGUUGUGCUAUGCUGUCCUCCAAACUCUGCUAAGAAGCUUAUAGACUAACCCUUUGUCCUGAGAGAAGCUGUACCCAUGGGUUUGUUUCCCCACACCCCACACUGUGAGCUGGUACUCCUCCUCACUCAAUAA